GACACUGAAACAACAGGAUCAAACCAAACUGACAAAAGGCGAAGAGUAAAGCGUAUAAUUAAAAGUUGGGGAAGGACAGACCUCCACGCAAUCUCCUGUAAUAUCACUAUGGCCUUCUCAUCAAUGGCACUUCCAAAGAUGAUAUCGACAAUACACUACAGGUCUUUCAGUGUUUCAACAGUUGUGGCAGCUAUUCAGAAGAUGACAAGAGUACGGGUGGUCGACAACAGCAGUCUUGGAAACACCCCCUAUCACCGUUCUCCUAGAGUCAUUCAUGUAUACACCAAGAAUGGCGUGGGCAAAGUGGGUGACACUGUCCUAUUGGCCAUUAAAGGACAGAAAAAGAAAGCACUGAUUGUGGGUCACAAGAUGCCUGGACCAAAAAUGUCACCUAGAUUUGAUUCAAACAAUGUUGUUUUGAUCGAAGAAAAUGGGAACCCAACAGGAACAAGGAUUAAAGCUCCCAUACCUACACAUUUACGCAAACUGGAAGGUGAUUACUCCAAAUUAUUAGCAAUUGCACAACGCUUUGUGUAGGUAGUGUUACGGAGAUGUAAUUUACCAUUCGGCUGAGAGGACUUGUGCUAUUAUUACUGAUUGGUACAGUGUUUCUAAUAAACAAAAGAAAGAAAAAUA